GUGCUUUUGGAUUAGAACAGUGUUUCUCUACAUCUUCGCUUUCCAGAUGAGUGCUCGGUAUCCUCUAGAAAGGCCUCGCUGCUUCAAGCAAGCGCGACUAGCUAUGUGACCCGGGAAACAUGCUGGUUGUUUACUUACCUACUCGCCGCGAUGAAUUCCGAUGGCCCGAGAAUCCAACCCUUGCCACCAUCUGCAGUGGCCAAAUUGAAAUCGUCGACGUCGAUUACAACUCUUAAGGGGGUGAUCCUGGACUUGGUCAAGAAUGCCUUGGAUGCAAAUGCUCGAACAGUGUAUAUCACGGUCGAUGCUUUGCGCGGAGGCUGCAUAGUGGAGGACGAUGGAGAUGGCAUACCACCAUUGGAAUUUCAUCCAAGUGGUGGUUUAGGCAAAGCCCACCAUACCUCCCGGCUUGGCCCAGAGCGAGAUGUCUACGGUCACCGAGGCUCAUUCUUAGCCUCACUUUCGGCUCUGUCAAUGUUGACCAUAACAUCCCACCAUUUUCGGCAUACAAGCACAAAUACUAUUGUAUUCCACCAUGCGACCCCAGUCGUUCGACUGACUCCAGCCCCGAGUUAUCAGGGACUUAGAUUCAGCAAUCACGGCACCAGUAUAACAGUGAACGAUUUGUUUGGCAAUCUGCCAGUACGAGUAAAGAGUCGUGCAUUAGCUCUGCAGAAGUCUGAAGAGGUGGAGAGACAAUGGGAUGACCUCAGGCAGCUACUUGUGCCCCUGAUGCUAGCAAACAACCAACUAAUCAAACUUGUGGUCAUGGACGCUAGUGGAGAGAAGAAGCUCUCUUUAUGCCCGAAGACUCUAAGCCACGAGGCAGAAUCAGCGUUGGAUCUUCAGCGCAUCAACACUAUUCUGUUCCAGGCUGGGCUGGUGGAAGCUCGAAAUACUGAGCACUGGGAUGUUGUGUCGGCCAGUGUACCUGGCUUUCAAAUCCAGGCCGCUAUAUCGCGUAUUCCUAGCACCACGAAGAAGGUCCAGUUUCUUUCUUUGGGAGUAAUUCCUGUGCUACCACAAAGCAGUGCGAAUAUCUUCUAUACCGAGAUUAAUCGUUUAUUUGCCUUGUCCGACUUUGAUAAUGCCAAAUUUCCAGCGCCUCUACGAGCCAAAGAUGAGGUCCUUAGGAGUGGUUAUGAGACACUGGCGAAGGCUUCUCCCAAGGAGUGCACCAGGUGGCCCAUGUUCUACAUACGGAUCACCUCUGAGGAGUGCAACAGUCUCGACUGCGAUGCCGAAGGUGCUCCCGAGGCAGUUCAAUAUGUCCAGCGCAUCUUAGACGUCCUUGGAGCCAUGCUUAACGAGUUUCUUGAUCAACAGGGUCUACGGCCGCGUGCAAGAAAGAAGAGAAAGAUGUCGCCGAAGAAGAGCUCGAGGACCUCAGGUCAUGAAGCUCAAUGCUCAAAUACAGCUUAUAGCACCGAAGAACCUUUGAACCGUCAUAUAAAGCUACGUGAUCUUCGGCGACCGAUGACCGUCAGUCACCACUUCGGAAACUGGACCAGAGUAAAGAGUGCCAGCAUCAUUUCGAAAGAUCUUAGUGCAACUGCGCGAGUCCCUAGGCCGAACGCCCCUCUUCAUCGAAAUUAUUUGCCAAAGCCAGCAAUGCCAUCUGAACCAGCUCCUAAUGACACGAUUAUUGUACAAAGCCCCGAAAAACGAAGCCACGAUGAGGCUUUCGGUGAGACCAACUCACCCGACGGACAUUUUGAUCCGAUUGCCGCGUGGAUUGACCCUUAUACGGGUCGAAGCCACAUGAUUAAUUCCCGAACCGGCCAAUCCAUUGGCACUGGCUCUUCAGCCAUUUCCCUGAGGCCCCGAUCCACCGGGUCUCUAUGGACGAAGCGGGGUCUGGAAGACCAAGACCGGCCCAAGUCGGCUGCCAUACAACCCGCCCGAAAUGCAUGGGUCGAGAACCUUUUGGACGAUUGGAAGCCCCCGGUUUUCGGCCGGCCCGAAAAGGCCAUCGACAUCUUCGAUAUAAAUACGAGUCAUCGAACAGCCACUCCGAGCAAUCUCUUUCGUCCAGACCCCCUUGGGGUGGCUAAGUAUCGUGGUAAACUUCGGAAGCACGACCUCAAGAAGUCCCAAAUUAUCGCCCAGGUCGACAGAAAGUUCAUCCUUGCCGCGAUUGGUCCCUCUGUAUUCAACCCAAAUAAAACCCUAGUUUUAGUCGAUCAACAUGCUGCUGAUGAGCGCUGUCGCGUCGAGGCUCUUCUGGCAUCCUUCCUCCCAACCGCGCCGACUGACACCCCUCCAUCCGUUCGACUCGACAGUGCGAUCGUGACUGAAAUCCCCGCGUCGCAGACCUCGGUGUUCAAAAGAUACCGACAAUUUUACAGUCACUGGGGCGUUGAGUACUCAAUCGAACAAAGACCCCGAGAUACGAAGGCAUUCGUCUUCGUGCAUGCACUUCCCGCGCUCAUUGCCGAGAGGUGUCGCGCGGAACCGGAGCUAGUCACACAACUGGUCCGUGGGGAAAUCUGGCACCGGGAGGAGAGUGGUGGCUGGGGUCUUCCCACGGGCUGGAGUCGGGGCGAAUCCCGGCCUAGUACUCGGCAAGACACUCACCAUGGCGCUACGACCGCCAGCGACAGCAGCUGGUUCGGCCGGCUGGACACUUGUCCCCGGGGGAUCAUCGAUCUGCUGAACUCGCGUGCUUGCCGCACGGCAAUCAUGUUCAACGACGUUUUGACCGUCGAGGAGUGCCAGGGCCUGGUGUCCCGAUUGGCAGGCUGUACGUUUCCAUUCCAGUGCGCGCAUGGACGACCAUCCAUGAUCCCCAUCUUGGACAUUGAUGCGUCCGCUCCCCGUGGCCUUGGUUCCGACCUGGCCUGGGGUCAAACGGACGAAUAUGCUUGCAAUGAGGCUUCCAACGGUGGCGGGUUUGCCGAGGCGUAUCAAAGGUGGCGGGGUCUUGGAUAA